AUCGCCUUUCUCCCUCAAUCGCGAACGCAAAGACAGGGUUCGCCAGCACCAGCACCAGCGGCACCACCGUCACUUAUCGGAAUCCGCCACCGCCACCGCCUCAACGGAAGCCCUUAAGAAGGAACUAUCUUAUUGACUGUGCAAUUCAAGCCUCUUUGACCCAUUAAUUGGGUUUUUCACUGAACAAGAACAAGCUGUUGAAUAAAAAAGACUCAGCCACUCAAAUGGAUUUGGAGACCGAAAACAGAUUAGCUGCUCUGCUUAUGAGGGAAGCAGCAGAAUUACGGCGGCAGUCUGAAAGGGAAGGUGUUUUGGCUUAUCUUCGUAAGCCUAAUGUACGGCAUCGGCCGAAUUCACGCUUCCUCACUGCUACUGUACGUGGAGUACAACAAGCAAAUCGAGCUGUGGAAGUGAAUGAGAUGUGGCGGUUGCGGCAAAAAGAACUCGAACUAGAUAAACGGGUUAAAGAGAAGUCAAUAGAUAAAAGCAGUAGGGACAGAAGCCAUAGAAAUGAAAACCCAUCAAGAGGCACAGGAAGACAUGCUGGUAGUAGCACUAGAACCUCUGAUUCGUGCUCAAGUAAAAGAGAAUAUGAGGUGGAUAAACGGGUUAAAGACACAUCAAAGGAUAAAAGCAAUGGUGACAGAAGCCAUAGGGCUGGUAACUCAUCAAGAAGCCCGGGAAGGCAUGCUGUAGUGGUGGAUAAAAGCAGCAGUGCCUAUACUUCAUGCUCGAGUGAAAGAGAAUAUGAGCAUGGUGUGGAAGGUUUAAAGGAUGAAGAGCUUGAGGAGUUUCUACACUCAAGGACCAAGCGAGGCAGAGGUGCUGUUGGUCCAAGGAUGGAUGAGACUGGACCUUACCUUCCUCAUUCAGAUGGAGAGCCUAGUACUAGUCCUGUAAGGGAACGUCAUAUUAUUUACGGUCCAGAGAGGCCUCUGUCAUUGAGAUCAAAUGAUUCUUCUUCUGAGGAGGAGCUUCAUGAAGAAAGGCGGAAAAAGAGUAAAAAGUCUCACUCUAGAAGCUCGGACAAAGAUAAUUCUAAGAAGCGCAGGUCGAAAGAUAAAUCCAAGCAUAAGAAAAAGAAAAGGGAGGAGAAAAAAAGUAAACAUCAUCACUGAGGCUUUUCUGUAACAUGAUAUUCUCAGAUGAAGGUUAUAACCAGUGGUUACAGGCAAAUUGGAUGAAACUCAUGUUUGUACUCUGCACAGAUAAUUUUCUGUAACAUCAAAGGCGAGAUAUCAAUUUCUGUUCUUAUGGUCAUUGGAUGCAAAAACAAAUAUUAAUAUUCAAUUGACUUGUAUCAUUGGGAGAACAUCUGUAUGGUAUGCCUAUGGCAGUAGAAGCCCCUGAUAUUAAUAUUUGCCCAACUUAUCAUCUCAA